GCCACUCAAACGCAGACAGUGCCGUGUGCACUUCGGGCAAGAACUUUGUUUCGAUGUCCAGGGUCCUCUUGCCCAAUGGAGAUUCCGAGAUUUUUGCAUCAACCAGCUACAGCCGCUACAGCUGCAGCUGCCGGAAUACCGCAACACGUGCGGCCUGUUGAUAGUCAGUCCCAAUGCCAAUCCAGAUGGAUUCGCGAGGGACUUGCAGUCUCAGGAUUUGCGGUCGCCGUGCUUUCGAAUCAGCUUCCACGAAAAGGCACGCGCGCCAGAAUGCAUUUAAUGGCUCAGCCUGUGCCUAGGGAAACCUCAGGCACUGACGACAUCUCUUCAGGCUUUAGCGUGAAGCCAGGGACGGAGUUGGAGGCAAUGAUCAGUGAGCUUCGAGAUCUGGAGGUUUCCCGACCUGGUGCACAAGAGAGUGCCAGCGAGGCCAAGGCAGAUGAAGUUGCUGAUGAGAGUCUUGAGGCAGAGGCUUUAGACAUCAAACACAUCGACCGAAGUGGACAAGUUGCAGUGCUGGGUGUCCCCAAUUCUGGAAAGUCAUCCCUCGUCAACGAGCUUGUUGGAACAAAGGUGUCAAUCGUGUCCGCAAAGCCACAAACGACGAGACAAAGGAUUCUGGGUUUGGCCUUGCUGGCCCCAAGACCUGGAAUGCCACUGACUACGCAAGCGAUAUUUGCAGAUACUGCUGGCAUCAUGGACAUCGGACAGAAUGUCUCCGAGUUCGGUUUCAGGCACAAGCGAAAGCGAUUGUUCCGACAAAACCGCUUGCACAAGGCUAUGGUCAAGACAGCAUGGAAGCAGACCAAGGCUUCUGAUGCAGUUUUCUGGGUCCUGGAUGCCUCCAAAUGCUUUCUCUAUGGUGACUACAUGCCACCAAGUCCUGAGCUCGACGGAGUCUCCAUCGGGGCUGUUGUGGAAGAUUCAUGGUGGUUGCACCCAGAACUGGCAGAAGAACUCGCCUUCUUGAGAAAGCUCAAGCGAUCAAACAUGAAGGUCAGUGUUGUCCUGAACAAGGUUGACCUUCUGCGAGACAUGGCGGUUGACGUCGAAGACUUCACCCUCAAGAUGAGGGAGCAGCUUUCCAGUGACUUGGGAAGAACCCAGGAUGGUGAGGAAAUUCUGGACAAUAUUUGGCCCACGUCAGUUCUGAAAGAUCCAGUAUCAUUGGCCCCAAUAAAAAGGUGGCUUUGCGAGAAUCUUCCAAAGCAGAGUCCGAUUUACCCUUUGGAGAACAUCAGCGAUGUUCCUGCGCGUGUUGUGGCAUCUGAGAUCACACGGGAGAAGCUGUUUGGAGUAUUGAGAGAAGAAGUUCCCUAUCAUUUGACAGUUGUAAAUGCUGUUUGGCGGCAAGAGCCGGAUGGCAAACUUUUGCUAGGCCAAAAGGUGGUUGUGGCCACUGAGGGGCAAAGCCGGAUUGUUCGAGCCUGGUUGAGGCAGAUAACGGAGGAUGCAGAAAGGGAGAUCUCAGGGACUCUGAAUUUUGGGAGGUCUGUUGAGCUUCAUUUCCAGGUUCAAGUGGAUCCAAAGUGGGCAGAGAAUGAGGAGUACUAUGAGGAUGUACAGGGGCUGCUUGAUCGCAGCGGCUCACUGGCUUUUCCCUAAGGAAAACCUGGUUGUUCUCCUCCACUGGGGCAAAGCAGCUACUGGCCCUCUCGACACGCGGGCUUGCAGCAUCACCCACGAGUUUGUUCUGUUCUAUGCAAAAGGUGCGGCUGAUUGCAGUAUUGCAAACCAGAGGGUGGGCGUGUCCAAAUGAGGAUUUGAGUGGACGUGGUGUAGGACACGUGCAUAACCGAUCGGGGCCAUCGCAUCUACAUACUGAUGCCCUUUACCUCAUUUACAACACCUGCAUAACCGAUGGGGGGCGCCGGCGCCCCAUUCUGGGCUAUGUCCUUAGGCAUCCUUAGGCUAGCUACAGGAUUUCGUCCUGCACUCAUAUAUAAUGACAUCAAUGUACUUGCUCCAAAAUUGUCAGAAGUGACAUGAAAUCUUUAUCUAGGGUGUGACCUUGAUGAACCUCUGCAGCAUAGCAAACCAUUGGACACCUUGUAUGCAGAUAACAUACAGUACUUGUAUCAUUCCA